AAAUCUAUUAUAUUGGCGCGCUCGCCUUCACCUUUCUCUGUGUGUCUAGUAAGAACGGUCAACAUUUGACAAUAAUGGAAGAUUGUACAGUGCUGUUUACAUUCCUUCUAUUUUUUUAUUUCUUUCAUUCUUAGAAUUCGAACGUAUACAUGUAGGAAACAUACAAUUCAUCCUGACUCAGCGUCGAUCACGUCCUAUAUUCUAUACUCGUGUUCUCGAGAGUCUAGGAUCGGGCACAGUUCAGUUUUUUAUCGUUCUGCGCAUCUAAAUGCUUUACCGUGUAUAUUGAACCAUGUGGAGAGAGUUCGCUGCGAUCCCCACCACCUUCCAAGCUGCGCGAAACGGUCCUAGACUCUCGGGAACACGAGUAUACGUGUACAAUAAUUACGUUAGGUGUUCAACCCGAAUUUGAUGGGCUACUCGACGGGCACAGGCGAAUUUAUCUCGGCGAGAGCGAAACUGAACGUGGCCUUCCCGGUCGCGGCCACGGAAGACGCGCUGCAGCAAGCACGGAUUCUAGUCCAGCGGAUCAAGAGCGAUCCAAAAAUGAACGUGAAGAACCAGUGGAAGCUCGUUACCAUUUUUUUUGGGGCGAACGAUAUUUGUUCCGCGCAAUGUUACAAUCCCGCACAGUUCUCGCCCCUUCGUUAUGCUCUCCACUUACGGAGGACGUUGGACUUUUUAAAAAUUACUCUACCUCGUACAUUAGUCAAUCUCGUGCCAGUCAUAGGUAAUAUAGACUUUUCACAAUUUACUUUGCAUAUACAGGGUGUCCCACGUAACACUCUUCAUGAUUAUUCAAAUGCUUGCUAUAAUCUGAUAAAAAAAUAUUUUCAACAAAAGUUGAUCAGUUUUCGAUUGGCUAUACAUUGCAAUAAAAAAAGUUGGAAAGAAAGUUUUCUUUUUUAUAUUUGUAACAUAAUGAGAGCUUCCUCCAAAUUUUUUUUGGGGAGUAGGCCGAAAUCUUUACCCCUUAGGGUCCCCACUGGUCUUAAUCCGCCGCUGUAUUUAUUUUUAAGUCUCGUAAUUACAUUCACUUACUAACUGAAUUUCUUUGCCUUCAGUGUCAUCCGAAGGUCAUGGUAUCUAGGUCAUUGAAUUACAUUGAUACGGGCUAUAAUACUGUUAAGUCAAAAAUACGAAGUUCCAUUUAAGAGAAUGAAGAUAACCUUAACAAUAGUAAAAAAAUUUUCUUUCCAACUUUUUU